CAGUCUUCUAUUUCAAGAUUACGCUGAGCAUGAAGUCUCAACUGGAACACGCUUGGCUUAGAAUGAGAUCAACAGAGCAGCACUGAGUUGUGUUGAGAGGUGAAAGCAGAUUAAUCAAGAUAUUACAACAAUGGAUGCUCUGACAGAAGAAGUGGCACCGUCGGAUGUGGACCCUGAGAUGACAGCGCUGACACCCGAAGAUUUUACCGGACAAAACCUCGAGGCCAGUGAUGAAGUGGAGAACCUUAGAAACAGUUUACGAGAGGUUGUCAGCGAUGACAACGUCCAACCUAAGAUGCAAUGCCUGAUGAUGGACCCCUCCUUCUCCAUGGUAACUAUGCAAGGCGAGGACAGCGGCAUUGCAUGGGAAACGACCCCGAGUCGCAGCAGCACGCCAUGGACCUCUGAAGCUGGAACUGUGGAUCUGAGCUCUCCGGUCGCAGUGCGGCCUGCAACACCUGGGUCUGUUCCUGCAGGGAAAAUCAUCUUUGUCAUGGACGACGAGCUGUUCUCAAGACGGAAGAGAACUAAAGAGAGGAAGAGAAAAUCCGAGAGACAACGAGUUGUAGAAAGUUCUGAGAACAUCUCAGGAAGACCGGAGUUAUUCGAAGUUUCACAGCCAAAUGUAAAAACUGAAGACGGACAAGAAGAGGAAGCGAACGAUCCAAUGGUGGAUAAAGAGCAAAUGCUGUUUAGAUUAGUGUCUGAGGGCUCUGAAAUCCUAAACAUUGUCGUUCCUCCGAAAAUGGCCACUGUGGAUGAAGAGGAGAGCAAAGUAAUGGUGGACAACCUUUCUUAUCUAGAGGACAGCCUUGUUCCUAAAGCUAGUGAAGAGAUUCAUUAUGAUGAUCUGGUGUUUACAGGAAUGGACGAGGCAAGUGAUGACCAGGUCAAUCCCUCGUCCUCCAUUGGUCCAAAUAAAAUGGAUCCACCUGGGGCUCCAGUGGCCCGACCUCCAGGCAGAGCAGCUGCCGGCAAUGCGGACUACUUUGAGGCGUUCACCUUGGUUGAGGCUGAGGCUCCAGGAGGUCCUGCUGUGAUCGCGCAGGAACAGCAAGAGGAAGAGGAAGAGGCUGUGACUGAGAUCCAGGACACUGCGGAGACUGAAGACCACACCACCACCACAACAACAAAUAAAGAAAAUGACAAGUCAGACACAAUCAGCCUGGAGGAAAUCAGCAGCGAGCUUCUAGAUGAAGUAUUCUACGGCGGUACAGACAACUAUAUGAAGCCUCUAGAGAAAGAAGACGAACGCCCACCCUCUAGACUCCCAUCAAAACCGAGCGGUUCAACUUUGUUUGGAAGCCAAGAGGACAUCCUGACUCCAAUCUUUCUACCAGAAGGACCUCUCAAAAUUAUUGACCAAAUUUUACUGGAGGAGCCCAAAGCCAUGGCUUUCCUUUACACUGACCUGUACGAGGAAGCAGUCGGCUGUCGGGAGAAAGAAGAGGAUACAGAAAGCAUGACAUCUGAGAAGUCUUUUCACAGCAGGCAUUCAGACAGAGAAGCCAGGGGAUAUUUAGAGAAAUAUGUCCUCAUAGAUGAGACACCUGCAUUGGAAGUGGAGCCAGCUGAAGAAGUAAUUAGCCCAGAGGAAGGUUCUCGGGUAUUGGCCCAAGAUCUGUGUGAUUUUGAUGAUUUGUUGCCUGAGCCAGAACAAGGUGGGGUGCCAAAUUCAGAGGAAGAAAUCACAGACUUCUUCAGAGCCAGUGACAACUCUUCUCCAUGUGAUGUAGAUCCUUUCCCUCGGUCACCUAAAGAGGAUGAAGCCCAAUCAACUACAAAAACCAAACAGAAGACAACUAAGAAAGUCUCCAUUAAGGUAGAAAAAGUCCCAGAAGAUCCACUUAGCGUCUCAAGCUUUGAGUUUGUCUCAGAUGAUCCUUUCUGGGAAAGAACAGAUGAACAUCCUGCGGCUCUGGACGAGAAAGAUGUCAGUACAGAUCAGGAAAUGUGGAAACAAGAUUUGGAAAAGCAAAAGCCAGUUGCUCCUCCCAGGAGAAAGGCAACAUCCUCUUUUAAGGCAUGUCUCGACCUCACACCUCUGACUCCAGCUGACGAUAUCAUGCAGGAAAAAGAGGAGGCUGGUGGAAAGGAACAGAGGGUGGAGGAGAAAGAGACGGCAUCACCUGCAGAGACUGCAGAUGAGGGAGAUGGGGAUGGAGAGGAAAUGAUGCAACCUAUCUCCAAUGAUGCUCUAAUGGAAGAUGCCUUGGUUGCUGAGGAGUCCCCACAAACGGAAAGUGUAGAAGAUAACAAUGAAAUAACAUUCAGAGACACAACACCAGCUGCUGCCGAGGAAAAAGACACUACAACAGUAGAAGAAGAGGACACAACUGAAACUGAAGCAGCUACAAAACAAACUGAACCAGAGGAAGUAAAUAUUACGUCAUCAGAAUUGGUGAAAACAGAAGUUAAUCCAGAAAAACUGAGUGAUAGGUCAAAUGAACCAGCUAAAGAUAAAGGACAGUGUGUUAUUCUUUAACUGAACUAUAGUGUCUUUAACCAGUUUGUUUUUAAGUACCCUGACGAACUCAUUCAAUGUCUUAAAAUCACAGCUGAGGUACUUUCUAAAAAACCUUUCUAUAAAGACUGCAAAAUAGUUUUUUUUUGUAAUUGAACACAUUUUCAGAGAAGGACAUUUUCCUUCCUUUCUCCAGGUUAGCCCAGGCCCUGCAGUGUGGACUUGUGACAAUAGAGCAUGAAUUAUAGUGUUUUGUUUUAAAGAGGUGAGGGUCAUGGGUGUGAAUAAAAAAGGUGAGAGUGCAUGUGUCGUUGUGACGUUAGUGGGGGAUCUUCAGCUAAAGAUAGGCCUCUCUGGCUGUAAACCUGACACCUCGUCUCAGCCAGGAGUAUACGUGACCUCUUGUAAACAGUCAAAAACCUGUGUAUGUGCAUUAUACUUUCUACUUCUUAAUGUUUUCCAAAACCAACAUUAACGCUGAAUUAAAAAAAAAUUGCGUGUCACUGAUUCCAUGUUACACCACCAUGUUUG